CCUCCCAAACGUUCCAUCAUUUUCUCAGCAGAUAGAUUUGUUUCUCCUCCUCCUUGAACAACCCCAAUAUCCUCGUAAACCAGAUUUUGCCCACUGCCCAAAGUAAAACUCGUUUCUUCACCUUCUACUUUGUUGACCCAAAAGACCCACGUUCAAAUUCGCAUAAGCUUUCCCUCAGGUAGAGAAUUUUCCAGCUAGUUUUCUCUGCAUGGGGUCUCGUCUGCUCUCAGCAGGGGACCAGUGGCUCAUGCGUUGUUCACAGCAGAAGAAGUAAAGCAACGAUCUUUUGCGUGGCGUUGCUACGUGACCCUUCACCUUACUGAUGGUGGAAUGAUGUCCGACGGGUCCAGUUCGGCAGUUCGGUUAGUUCGUUGCCCGAGGUGUGGAAAUCUGUCGCCUGAGCCCUCCGACAAUUCUGUGUACCGGUGCGGUGCUUGCGGUGCUUUUCUUAGAGCGAAGAGGAAGAAUGCGCUGGCUGCUAAUUCAAUAUUCUCUUCUGCGGAUACGAUUACUGUUGGCGCUUCUGAUACGAAGAGGGAUGGGGAUACGCUGAAGGCUGUGGAGGGCGGAAAUGAAACAGUAGUUUCCGGAGCAAGUGAUCUCGAUGUAAACAGUAAUUCUUCAUCAGGGACACAAAAGGAGGAUGAUUUCAGCGUUGGAGAAAGGAAUGGGGAUGAAGGAAUGGAACUGAAGGUGGAUUGGUCAGAGGCUGUUGUGGAGGCUGGUCACGGUAUCGAAAGUGGACAACCCUUGACGAUCGAUUUGAACAGGCCAAAAUCUAUAGACUCAAGCAUGGAAGGAGGCCUCAGAGAGAAUCCAGCUAAUUUGACCCGAUAUUCUAGUCGGCCAAGUUCGAGGGUUGAUGCUGACCAGUGGUACAUGACUGGAGAAUGUUUUGAAGGGAUUCCUGGGAACUCCAGUGAUGUAGUUGGGACGAGUAGGAUUCCCUCACAUGAAUAUGUUAGUGAUGGAUCGUCGAAUCAUCAACCUCGUUCCUACUUUGAGCAUGGCAAGUCAGUGAAGAGUAAUGUCCACAUAAAUGGGCUUGAUAGAGGGGAUAGCUUGGACGUAGAUGCCGAGCUCCUGAGAAAGUUGGAUGAUUUGAAACAUCACAUCAGCAGAAUUAGUAAUGCACCCGAGAGAACUGGCGAGACGGCUUUUCUUAAUAGGGAGGGUCUACCCGAGCCUUUUGGUGAUAGAUUCAGGUAUGUCUCUGGUGGACUCUUGACCCCAGGAAAGCCUGUUCUGGUGCCCCCUCAUUUGAUUCAUCAUCGUGAACAGCAUCCUAGCAUCGAUCGAGAUACACAUGACUUCUAUCUUCCUCCUAUUCCUAGGAGUGUGACAACAUCCAGGCCUCACCAUCAAUAUGUAAAACAAUCUUAUCGAGGUCACUUGAAUAAGUACAUGGAUUUGACUCGAGAUUUCUCUGCAUCGGAUUCACAAGAUUCCUCCCUUGACCGCAACUUGUGCACCUGUUUUCAUUGCCGUCACGAACAUGAGCAAGCUCCUCAAUCGGUCCAACCAACUCCUUUUGGCCCUAAAGGGAGUGUCGGCUACCCUGUGAAUUUCACCUCCUAUCACCAUCGCGAUCCCAUCCAAAUUUGGCCUCGUGGUCAUUUGGGUGUUCAUAUUCCCCCUCUGAGUUCUCACAAUCCACGGGCCCAAAGAAGAUGGCCAACUGAGAGUAUUGUUUCAGACACUGAUACCGCCGGUUCUCAGCAGAAGAUAAUUGCGAUUUCAGAUAGAAGUAAGAAGCAUUACCAUCCAAUAUCAGGUGGUGCUCCAUUCAUAACAUGUUGCAAAUGCUCCGAGUUGCUGAUACUGCCUUCCAAUAUAAGCGUGGAGAGGCGUAAAAAACCGAACCUGCAAUGUUGGUCCUGCUCAACUGUACUCUUGGUUGAAGUUCUGGGCAGAAGGCUUGUCACUUCCGUCACAAGACAAUCAUCUUACCUUGACAAUAAUGGUUCUCACGAGGCAGUGAAAGAGAAAAUAGCUAGUCUGCAACGCGGCUUGGGCGUGAAAGGAAUAGACUCCUCCGGUGAUGGUAGUGCCAUAGACAUUUGCUCUCCUGGUCAUGGCAAUUCCAGUUUCCCCAAGAAAUAUGAAGCAAAUGAAGAGUCAGAUGACCGGCAAGUGAAUAUGCAGAACUACGAGCACGGUAGCAGUCUAGCUCCGUCUUCCCAUUCUUCUGAGGAAGAAGAUGUUCCCAAUGAGGUAAAGCUCGGGACAGAUUUAUCCACUUCUGCUGAGAACCCAUUACUACGGGAAGAGUCUCCCACAGUUCCAAGCUUAACAUUCAACAAGAAUCUCGAUAAUUCCAGUUCUAAGAUAUCUGAGGAUCAAUAUGCAGAAGCAAGUGAGAUUAAAGAAAUACAUCGGGAUUUUCUAGUCCAGAAAGGUGUCCCGAGACAAAAACCUGUGCAGGAUACAGCCACAGAAGAUGAGAUCGAGUACUCGCUUAAUGACUACCUUAAUACAUCUCAAGAUUCUUCAGAUGCAAGUAAAGAAGCAGAUCGAUCAAAGACGAAGAAAAGGGACAAAUUUUUCUUUGUGAGCCUCAUUAAGAAGAGCAUUAGAGAUUUCUCAAGAUCUAAUGAGAUUGUGGAAAUUGAAAAGCCUAAUGUCGUCAUUAAUGGGCACCCUAUACCCAACCAUCUUGUCAAAAAGGCUGAAAAACUUGCUGGGCCUAUACGACCAGGGAAUUACUGGUAUGAUGUCCAAGGUGGAUUUUGGGGUGUGAUGGGCAGAACUUGCUCUGGGAUAAUUCCGCCGUUCAUCGAGGAGUUCAAUUAUCCCAUGCCGGCGAAUUGCGCUGCUGGAAACACGGGAGUCUUUGUGAACGGGAGAGAGCUACAUCAGAAAGAUCUGGAACUACUUGCCAGCAGAGGACUGCCGACGGCACCAAAUAGGUUCUACAAAGUCGAGAUUUCAGGAAGAGUUUGGGAUGAGAAGUCCGGCAAAAAGCUAUGUAGGCUUGGAAAGCUCGCGCCAACAGAGCAAAGCGUGGAUUUGGCAUGCGCGAGUCCAGGCAAUGAAGAGAUCCUAUGGACAGUAAAUACACUUUGGUGCUUCAAUGUAUAUAAGAUAGUAUGCCUUUCUUCCCCUCAUUCUCAGGUCGAAGCCAAUCAUUGUUGUGAUUAUUAUCAUGAUUGGAUCUUACAUGAAACUGAACUAGAUUUGCAAGUUUUUCCCAAUCAAAAUUCAAUGCUUGCGACUCUACUAUGUCCAUCUCCUACUCAUGAUAUUCCCAAGUGAGCUGCCUUUUCAUGUUGGUAUUGUCGAUGGAUUUCGAAAUUUCGAGUAUCUCCGAAUCGAGAAG